ACUGUUAUGGUACAUUUGGUUAUGCAUCUAGCAACUGAGGCAAAAAUAGGGGGUCCCGUGUGCUACCGUUCGAUGUGGUUUACAGAAAGAUAUCUAGGUAGGCUGAAGUCAAAUGUUCGCAAUAAAGCUCACCCUGAAGGAUCUAUAGCUGAAGCAUAUUUGGCAGAUGAGUGCAUGACAUUCUGUUCAAGAUAUAUUGUUGGUUUUGAGACCAAACAUAACUUGCCUUCACGGAACGAAGAUAGUGAGGAGUUGGUUGGGCGUUCUGAUGUUCCACGAAGAUCAACUUUAUUUCCUCAUGCUGGAAACCCAGUUGGAAAUCCUGGGAAUUAUGUUUUAAGGGGUCUAGAGAAAGUACAAGCGCAUAGAUAUGUAUUGUUCAAUUGUUCUGAUGUGAACUCAUACCUUAGAGCACAUGCUGAUGAGAUGACCCAUAGACGCAAUUUAAAUGUAGAUACUAUCGAGAGGACCCAGAACGAGAAGUUCCAUGAAUGGUUUCGAGCUCAUAUCAAGAAACUGGAGAAGGAAAAUGGUAUCAAUGGUAUAAAAAAUGAUAUUAGAUGGCUGUCCCGGGCCCAGUUCAUGCAGCAAGAAGAUAUCGCGCUUUCAACUCCAGAGGCUUUCGAAAUGCAAAUCCAGUUUUACGUGAUGUGA